AUUAUAAUGAUUAAUGUAUUAUCAAUGCAAGAGAAGCUAAACUAACAGUUUGAGGGUCGCUUUUAAGCUGUCGUGGGCAUCGUUCGAUUCUUCAUCGAAAGUGAUGGGAACUUCGGGUUUUGUAACUGGUGAGAGAUAGGGUUUCAGUUGGGGCUUAGGGAAUUUCGUUCUGGUUUUUGUUGUCGCCAAGGUGGCAUGAGUUGAGCGGGAAAAGCUUGUUCUGAGAGUAGCUUUCAAAGCAGGUUAUUAUUCAUGUGUAUGUCACGGAUGCUGAUUGAAAUACUGCGCUGACCAAUCCGUAGAAAAUGAAUUCUCCAUCCACACAGUUUGUUUCCUCAAGAAGGAUGGGUGUUUAUGAUCCAAUUCAACAGAUUAACAUGUGGGGAGAAAAUUUCAAAAGUAAUGUUAAUUUAAGUGCCUUAAUUGGUGAAGCAGAUGGGAAGUUCAUAAAUCAGCCAGAGGAUGCUUCUCAUAACACAUUGGGUACGUCCAAGAUGUAUGGCCAAGAAGCUCAUAGACCUAUUGAUAAGAUACAAAGACGUCUUGCACAAAAUAGGGAGGCUGCUCGUAAGAGUCGUCUGCGGAAAAAGGCCUAUGUGCAGCAAUUAGAAUCAAGUCGUUUGAAGCUGAUGCAGUUGGAACAAGAGCUCAACCAUGCAAGACAACAGGGAUUAUAUAUGGGCGGGGCAUCAGAUUGUAAUAAUCUGGGUUUUACUGGAACUGUUAAUUCAGGUAUUACAACCUUUGAGAUGGAGUAUGGACACUGGGUUGAAGAGCAAAAUAGACUAGUUUGUGAACUAAGGGGUGCUUUAAAUGCUCAUAUUAGUGACAAUGAGCUCAGGAUAAUUGUAGAUAGUAUAAUGAAUCACUAUUUUGAGCUCUAUCGAAAGAAGUCUGCUGCUGCAAAAGCAGAUGUUUUCUAUGUGAUGUUUGGUAUGUGGAAAACUACAGCUGAGCGGUUUUUCAUGUGGAUUGGAGGCUUUCGCCCCUCUAAGCUUCUAAAGGUCAUUGUCCCUCUGAUUGAACCCUUGACAGAGCAACAACGGUUUGACAUCUCUAACCUCGAACAAUCUUGCCAGCAAGCAGAAGAUGCCCUUUCUCAAGGUAUGGAUAAACUCCAGCAAACACUUGGCGAUACUAUAGCAGCGGCUGGACCGCUAGUUGAAGGGCCUUAUAUUCCUCAGAUGGCUGCUGCAAUGGAGAAAAUGGAAGCUCUCGUGAGCUUUGUAAACCAGGCUGAUCAUCUUCGUCAGGAAACAUUGCAGCAAAUGUUUCGGAUGCUAACAAUACGUCAGGCUGGUCGAUACCUGCUCACCGUAGGUGAAUAUUUCCAGCGCCUACGAGCCUUGAGCUCACUUUUGGCCAGUCGUCCUCGGGAACCAGCUUAGUCUUACAGCAAGAACACAAGCUUGGAAGUUGAACUAGAGGACCAUGGCCACUGCCCCAUUAAGCAGCAAAAACUUGUAACAUAUAAUAUAGACUGCCCAAAUUUUCCCUGCAGUCGUGUCAUGAAGUUGUAGACGUGUCUGGCCAUUUUAUGAACAGGAAGUCUUAAUCUGUGAAUAAAUGUCACUUUAAUUUGAAGGGUUCAGCGUAUACUUUUUUAUUGUUAGUGAGUUAUUUAUAAUCUCUUGCAUUAGUGAUUCAGCGGGAGUUGAACGAACAUGUAAAUUUAAGGUAUAUAUUGUAUAUAGCAAAGCUGUGUUUCGUGGACAUAUUUGUUCUUGAUUGGGAAUGUCAGAUAAUAUCUGUCUGAAUUGAACAAGCUUUCUCUU